GGAGCCCCCACCGGCCCUCGCCGGGCAGCGGAGGCGGAUCCCCGCCCGGACUUUCUCCUCCUGGGCGGCCGAGCGGAAGACGGGAAGCCCCGGCGCGGUUUUCCUGGCUGGCUUCGCGCCCCCCCCCUCCGCCUGCCCGCCCGCCCGCCUCGGCCGACAGAUGCCCGGCUGGUAAAAGUGGAUCAUCCGCUGUUUUUUUGAUCUGCUGGGCCUUUUAAGAUCCUGACGGGGAUCUGCUGGCGCCCCCACCCCCGGCUGCCUUUCUGAGUGGAGGAGAAGGGCCCCCUCCAGCCCGUUCAAUGUAGGCGUUGGAUCUGCCGAGGAGCCUCCUGCAAGGGAAGCAAAGGAGGCCUGGGCACGGCGGAGUGUGUGUGGGGGGCUGCCUGGAUGCCCCCCACCCGGGAUGGGGAAGUGACUCCUUCUGCAGCUGGCGGCCACUCCGCACCCUCCUCCUCCUCCUCGCCCUCCGCCUCGGGGUGCUGGACUUGACUGCAAACCAUGAACAUGCACCCCCCUGCCCUGGACAGACGCGCCAGUAAAAGGCACCCUCGCUUGCCCAGCCCCAUUGCCGCCUGGUUGGGCUCCCUGUCUUCCUUGGGUGACUCAGCUCCGGAACGGCGCUCACCCAGCCACCAUCGCCAGCCCUCCGACUCAGGCGAGACCACAGGGCUGGUCCAGCGCUGCGUCAUCAUCCAGAAAGACGAACAUGGCUUCGGCUUCACCGUCAGCGGGGACCGCAUUGUGCUGGUGCAGUCCGUCCGGCCAGGCGGAGCUGCGAUGAAGGCCGGGGUGCAGGAAGGCGAUCGGAUUGUCAAGGUGAACGGGACCGUGGUCACCAACACCUCCCACCUGGAAGUGGUGAAGCUCAUCCGAUCUGGUGCUUACGUUGCUCUCACCCUGUUGGGUUCCCCUCCUUCGUCUUUGGGCUUCCUGGGAUUGCAGCAUGACCGGCAACAGGCAGGCACCCCGCAAAUCACGUGCACGUGCCCCCCGCCGCCACCACCGCCGUUGCCGCCGCCUCCCCACCGGGUCACCGCUGGGCCAAAGCCACCCCAGGACCCGGAAGUCCAGAAACACGCGACGCAGAUCCUCAGAAAAAUGCUGCAGCAGGAAGAGGCCGAAUUGCAGCGAUGUUACGAGGUCUACAGCCAGAAUCCCGCUUCUUUGCUUGAGGAGCAGAUCGAGGGGGCUCGGCGGAGGGUCAGCCAGUUGCAGCUCAAGAUUCGGCAGGAGAUGGGAGAGCUGGUGGAUGCCCCCCGGCUGCCCAGUGAUUCCAGCUCCUUUGGCUCCCGCCUGACGGACGGCGGCCUCUCCAUCGACUCCCAGGAUCGCGACAGCGGCCUGGACUCGGGCACGGAGCGCUUCCCUUCCGUGAGCGAAAUCUCCCUCAACCGAAACUCUGUCCUUUCCGAUCCUGGCCUAGACAGCCCUCACACCUCACCCGUUGCCGCCUCACGGCUCUUCAUGCACCACCGACGCCAAGGCUCCGACACCCCCUUCUCGCCCUCAGCAGAGCAGAGUUUGGAUCACAUGCUCCGAACUUCUAUCAUCGGCCCGGAAGAGGAUUACGACCCAGGAUACUUGGACAACGAGAACGACUCUCUGUUCCAAGAUUUGGGGAAGCUGAAGAUGCGUCCGGCUCACCUAGGAGUUUUCCUGCGCUAUAUCUUCUCUCAAGCAGAUCCAAGUCCCCUGCUUCUCUAUUUGUGCGUGGACGUUUACCAGCAGAUGAGCCCCAAAGAGGCCCGGGCGCUGGGCAAGGACAUUUGGCACAUUUUCUUGGACAAAACGGCACCCCUGAGAGUCAAGGUCUCUGAUCAGCUGUUGGCAGAAAUUGACGCUCGCCUGCGGAAUGGAGAGGAUGCCCAAAGUGCUUUCUUCGAGGUUCAGGAGGCUGUCAUGCCUGAGAUCCAGGAGCAGAUCCAAGAUUACAGGACAAAGCGUACUAUGGGUCUGGGGAGCCUCUAUGGGGAGAAUGACCUGCUGGAGUUGGACGGGGAGCUCCAGAAGGAACGCCAAGUGGCCGAGAAGCAGAUGGCACAGCUGGGGGAUAUCCUAUCCAAAUACGAAGAUCGGAGCUCCCCCAUGAGCUUUGCCCUGAAGACCUACAUGAUCCACAUGGGGAUCUGCCCUCGGGAGGCUCGCCUGGCCAGUGUUGUGGAGAAGUCCCAGGAGAAGGACAAGUGGCUGCCCUUCUUCCCCAAGACCAAGAAGAGCAGCAGCGGCAAGAAGGAGAAGGAGGCCACAGUGGAGGACAAGAAGCGGAACCCCAUCCUGAAGUACAUCGCCAAGCCCAAGAGCUCCUCGCAGAGCACAUUUCAUGUCCCCCUGUCCCCUGUUGAAGUUAAGCCCGGUAACGUGAGGACCAUCAUCCAGCAUUUUGAGAACAGCCAGAACCAUGACGGCCAGGAGGCCGGCCUGCAGCGCCUUUCCACAGGCAGCUUCCCCGAAGACCUUCUGGACUCGGACAGUUCCAGGGCCGAGGUCCGGCUGGGCCGGUCGGAGAGCCUGAAGGGGCGGGAGGAGCUGAGGCGGCUGCGCAAGGCCGAGAACGUCCCCCGUUCCCGCAGUGAUGUCGACAUGGACGCUGCCGCGGAAGCUGCUCGGCUCCACCAGUCGGCGUCGUCCUCUGCCUCCAGCCUCUCCACCCGGUCCCUGGAAAACCCCACCCCACCCUACACUCCCAAAACGGGGCGCAGGAGCAUUGAGUCGCCCAGCCUGGGCUUCAGCUCAGAGGCCUUCCUGCCCCACUUGCUGGAGGAUGAGCUUGGACAGUUCUCGGACCUUGAAAUGGAGCCGGACUCCCAAAACUGGCAGCACACGGUGGGACGGGAGGCGGCUGCCCAGCUGCCUCAGCGGGAGAUCGAUCGCCAGGAGGUCAUCAAUGAGCUCUUUGUGACCGAGGCCUCCCACCUGCGGACGCUGCGCGUGCUCGACCUCGUUUUCUACCAGCGUUUGAAGAGGGAGGGGCACCUGUCCCGGGAGGAGCUGGCUCUGCUCUUCCCCAACCUUCCGGAGCUGAUUGAGAUCCACAAUUCCCUAUCGGAAUCCAUGAAGAAGCUGCGAGAAGAAGGGCCGGUGGUGAAGGAGGUCGGAGACCUGAUGCUUUCACGGUUCGAUGGGGCUGCGCUUGAGGAAUUCCAGCAAGUGGUUGCAGAGUUCUGCGCCUACCAGUCCAUGGCACUGGAGCUGAUCAGAACCAAGAAGCGGAAGGAGACGCGCUUUCAGCUCUUCAUGCAGGAUGCUGAGAGCCACCCGCAGUGCCGCCGGCUGCAGCUGAAAGACCUCAUCAUCUCUGAGAUGCAGCGCCUGACCAAGUACCCGCUGCUGCUGGACAGCCUCAUCAAGCACUCCUCAGGGCAGACUGCCGACUACCGAAAGCUCUGCCGGGCCCGAGACCAGUGCCGGGAGGCCCUCCGGUACGUGAACGAGGCAGUCAAGCAGGCGGAGAACCAGCAGCGCCUGGAGUCCUACCAGAAGCGCCUGGACGCCACCUCGCUGGAGCGGACCAGCAAUCCCAUCGCAGCGGAGUUCAAAAACCUGGACCUGCGAGGCCGCCGGAUGAUCCACGAAGGGCCCCUGGUCUGGCGCAUCAGCAAGGACAAGACCGUGGACCUGCAGGUGCUGCUCUUGGGGGACUUGCUGGUGCUGCUCCAGCGGCAGGACGAGAGGCUGGUGCUGAAGUGCCACAGCCGGACGGUACUGGGCUCCUCGGACCCCAAGCAGACCUUCAGCCCCGUCCUCAGGCUUGGCUCCAUCCUCAUCCGCUCCGUGGCCACCGACAAGCGCGCCCUCUUCAUCAUCUGCACCUCCGAACUGGGCCCCCAGAUCUACGAGCUGGUCGCCUCGACCUCCCUAGAGAAGAACACGUGGAUGGAGCUCCUAGAAGAGGCAGUCAAAAGUGCCACGCAGGCGGCCACGCUACCCCCACAGCCCCACACCCAGGAGCUGUGUCCCCACCAGCCAGCCCCAACCAGCUUCAUCUUCCCCGAUGCAGAGAUCGCCCCCAGGCUGGGCCAAGGGAGCAGCCCCCCCGCCCGUGACGCAGAGGAAGAGGAGGAGGAAGGGGUGUCAGAUCACACUCCCACCGAAGCCUUCGCAGACGAGCAGCUGGAGGUUGGGCACCCAGAGGAGGAGGAGGAGGAGGAGGAGGAAGGCAACCUACCCACCACACCUCCGUUGCUCCCUCUGGAAGAAGCCCCCCCUCAGAGGCUUCCCUGCUUGGAGAGCAUGGCUGAAUCCGCCCUGGGAGAUGUGGAGACCCUGCGGAGGCUGCUCUUGCACAGCUUCCCGCCCUGCCAGGACUCUGAGCCCGAAGAUGACCUGACCCCCACUCCUUCGGGGGUUGGCCCCAGCCGUCACUGGGGCUUGACAUCUGCCAGCCAAGAGGAGGCCUUGAAGGGCCCCCACACGUCUGCUGUCCCUGGCCUUCCAGAGCGGGACCCGCAGGGGCAUGUCCCAUCCUCGGGCCCCGCAAGCGAUCCAGGGCCCGGCUCCGGCCUGGAGGAGGUGGGCCCCCCUGUAGUCCAGUCAGGCGACCAGCGGUCUGAGACUCCAAGCUGCUACCUGGUGGUGCGGAAAGCUGAGGUGGAGGGGAGUGAAAGUGCUCGGCUCUUGAUGGCGAAAGACAGCCAGGGGGGAACUGACGCCGGAGCCCCCCCUAAUGCAGAUGGAAACACUUUCUACUUAAGCCUGCCGGCAGACUCUAAGGAGCCCCAAGAAUGUGCCGAGAGUGUCGGGGAGGCAGUGGGUGCUUUGAGCUGGGCACCAUCCUUGCCUCCGACGGUGUCUUUGCCCGGCUGCCAGGAGAGCACCGGGGAGACCCCGGCAAGGUGGCUGAGCCCAGCAGAGUUCUCUGCACCCAGCCAGGGCAUGCGGGAGGCGGAUGCCAUCUUCCGGACAAUAGAGCAACUGACCCUCAAGCUGACCAAACUCAAGGACGUGGAAGGGGCAUACCGGCAGCUGCUGCUCCGGCAGCCGCCACCGAAGGGGCACUUCACCACCGAAGCCACACCUGGGCAGGGAAGCACAUCAUUGCCAGAGCCGAGCCGGAGGUCGCCCAGCACCCAUCGGGGGUCUGGAGUCAGCCACCCCUCUCUGCCCUCCUCCCCCCAGUCCCCGGUGGCUGCUAAGCCUGAUGUGAACGGGCUCCCUUUCGCCCUGCCUGAAGACGGCUCCCAGGAAGUGACCCUGUAGGGUAGGAGGGCCUCCACCAAAGAAGGAAAACGCACCUCCAGGCGAUGCCUCCUUCAUCCUCCCAACCUUCCCGGCCUGUGCUGAAGAUGGGAGGAGGAGGCCGUGGAUGGGACCGGGAGCUGCCAGGGAGAAAAAUGGCGAAACUGGGGAGGAAGCAGGAGUCCACCUCGUGGGAAAGGCCAGGCGUUGGCUUCGCGCGAACUGUUCUGUGGAAACAUCCCCAACUGGAGCGAGGGAGCGGAAGCAGACUCUCGGCUCCUUCCCCUGCAAUGUGAGGAGCCCCCGGCCCUUCGUUUUGUCCCCUAGAUGAAUGGAUGGCGUGGUUGCACGUUUGGGUGUGCGUGAGAGAUGUGUAACACACGCACGCCCUGCACA